UUUUUUAAUGCUGCAUCAUGCCAGACGCAUUAACCAGCCGCGCAGAUGAAAAUAAAGAUGGCUGUGAUGAAUAUAAAAGAACGCAUUGAGCAUGCGCCUUCUUCAUUGCGCCUUCCUCAUCGUCAAAGGAGACAUCAACGCACGACAGCUUUGUAGGCAGCUUUCACCGUGUCCGCGGUGUACCCGAGGUGUCUCGUCCCGUAAAAGGUAUAGGCAAGCGAGUUCGUGCAGAGAGACCACAGAUUUGGUGCUGAGUUCGCUGAAACAGGGUCGCAUUCACCGGACGACAGUCUAACCUGUCCUUACUAUAUACAAGGAUAGACAAGGGAGCAGCUCUGCAUCCAGACAUGAAGUUCUUGCAGUUGGUUGCCGUCUUCGGCUUUAUUUGCCUGGCUGUCACCACAGCAAAACAUUAUGGUAAGAGAGAAACCCCCGCUGAGGCUGCUGCCAAGACAGCCGCUGACGCAAAAGCAGCAGCAGACAAGACAGCAGCCGAUGCCGCAGAAGCUGCAGCCAACACAGCCGCCGGCCGCGCAGCAGCAGCACCUAGGACGGAAGGAGCCCGUGGUAAGAGAGAAACCCCCGAGGAGGCCGCCGCCAAGACAGCCGCCGACGCAAAAGCAGCAGCAGACAAGACAGCAGCCGAUGCCGCAGAAGCAGCAGCCAAGACAGCCGCCGACGCCGAAGCAGCAGCAAACAAGACAGCCGCCGACGCCGCCGCAGCAGCAGGCAGGAGUGCCUAGCAGCAGUCUAGGAGCCGCAGAAGCCUAGCAGCAGCAGGAUCCUAGCAGCAGCGUAGCUGCAGCAGAAGCAAAUGAACAAUAAACGGGAGCGUCCGUAAAGCAACAAAAAA